AUGCACGAAAAGUAUGGCCCAAUAGUACGAAUCAACCCCGAAGAAGUCCACAUCAAUGAUGCCGACUACUACGACGAGGUGUACACUGGUGCUACGCGCAAGAGAGACAAGUGGCAUGUGUUUGCACGUCAAACUGGCUGGCCUGAAUCCGGCUUCGGUACGCCAAACCACGACUUACACCGGAUUCGUAGGGCGGCGUUGAAUCCCUUCUUCUCCAAGGUCAAAGUUCGCAGUUUGCAACCUCGGAUUGAGAAGGUGCUAGACAGCUUGGCGCAGAGACUUGAGGGAUUUCUCAACUCUGGUGAGCCACUGUCCAUGUCUUCGGCGUAUGCGGCAGCCAUUAAUGGUAAUGAUAUACUGAGUGCAUUGCUUUUCAAACGGAAUGACUCGGCAUAG